UUAUGAUGAAUGAUCAUGUAUUAACCAAGAUUAUAAUUCUAAAUGCAAUUGAUUCGGAAAUACUAAUUUCCUAAGUGGCUGAAACUGGUUUUGCUCUAAAAGUCAGUAGAACCAAAAUCAACAAAGUAGAGGACUAUCCAGUUUACUAAGAAGCUCAGAUUCAAAUGUGAAUAUCUUUGCGAGAAGCUAAUGCGUUGGUCUUUAAAAGACGUAUAGUAGUUUGGUUUGCUCAAAUCAAUUCAUUAAUUUUUUUUAUCUUAUUAAACAAAUCUCUAAUGACUAGAUUGAAUCUUGAAAUAUCAUCAUUCUUAGAUUGAAAAAUACUCUCCAUAAGGUUUACAUAUGCACAAAUUUUACAAGCAUUCACCAAUCAAAGUUUCUUUAAAGAGUUGAAAACUUAAAUUAACCUAUAACUGGUUCUUUGAGAAAAUAAGCAUUUGUGAAUCCUUCUAGCCAAAAGUGCUAGUAAGACAUUGUCAAAUAUAUGAAAAGGAAAUAAUGGAUUAAAUAUUCCGUAAGCCAGUAAGGCAUAAAGUAUCGUCAAAAUCACUUUUUAUGUUGUACUUUGUCACAAAAUGGUGUAUAUAUAUAUCUGCUUAUAUAAUAAAUCAUUUUUCAAAAAUUUUGAAUAUUGAUUUUGUAAUCUCUAAAUUUAUUAAUAAAAUUUUCUUUUUAAGCCGGAAAAAAUCUUUCCAAAACUAGUGAAUUAAUCAAGUUUUAUCGAAAAUACAUAAAGAAAUAGCAAAGCUGUACCAAUUUCAUAGAAUUAAGCAAAAUAACUCAAAUCCAAAUUAUCAUAAAACGGAACCGAAAUAUAUUUUGGAUACAUUUUGGUUCAACUAAACUGAACCAAAUUUUCAGUUAUCCCAACCGAACUAAACGACAUUUUGUUUGAUUCCCAAUUUCUCACUUUCUAAUUAUCCAAACCGCAUCAAACUGAUCCAGAUAUCCUAGUGCCAAAGCGUAAGAAGCAAUCAUGUUAUCAUCACCAAGUCAUCGACUAUAUAUUAAAUCCAUGAUUAAGAUUCUGACGUCAAAUAAGUUUCAAACGACAGUGAAAAAAGUAAAUGAUGUAUUCUUUACGAUAUUUAUCCUCCCACGUUAAGCAGGAUUAGAAAAAAGUUGAUGCAUGAAACAUUCGCUACGAUAUUACGUUCUCACGUUAUGCAUAAUAAACACAAUAAAAUAGAUUAAUGAUGCACAUUCUUUAGGAGUUUACCGUUCCACGUCAAAGCAUAAUAACAAAAACAACGCAUAUGCAUCCAACCAUCCUGGCGUGGGACCAACUUGAAUAUAGAAAUUGCCAAAUUGGGUAAGCAUCUGAUCAUUUCGUCUCUCUCCCGUUUCUUCCAACAUCUCCCCGAGUUCAGACCAGCGCCGGGAAAGCGGAGACGGCGUGGAACCCAGCGAUGCAAUUGCAUCUGUUUACUCCAUAUUCCACUAUUCACGACGCAAUGGCAUUGGUUUACGCAAUGACAUCGAAUUUCAUUAAUGAUAUGUAUCUAUUUUACGCAAUGGCGUUGGUCAAAAAUAUGUAUUUAUAUAUAACCACUAAUUACUAUAUCGUCAAACUCCAACCCCUACAAACCUAGCUGGAGAAUGGAAUCGGUUUACUCCACCCUAACCUACUGGCUCGUUAACCACCCCAACAUUGCCAAUUUUACGUGGACUGAAGGUGAAACCCUUGGCUCCACCGUCUUUUUCGUCUCCGGUGUAGUCACCGCUUAUCUAUCCGCCACAUUCCUCCUCCGACAUGUCAUGGUUUCACUCCCCUCACUCAGUCCACGAAUUCUCAAACCCAUCACAGCCGUCCACAGCCUCAUCUUGUGCCUCCUCUCCCUAACCAUGGCCGUUGGGUGCACUCUCUCACUAGCCUCGUCGUCUGACAUUGUGCCAUCACACCCGACAGCUCGUUUCUUCCGGGCGAUUUGUCUCCCUAUGGACGUGAAGCCUAGCGGACCACUCUUCUUUUGGGCUCAAGUCUUCUACCUCUCGAAGAUCCUCGAGUUUGGAGACACACUCCUCAUCAUACUCGGCAAAUCAUUCCAGCGGCUCUCGUUCCUUCAUGUGUAUCACCACGCGGUGGUUGUGAUCAUGUGCUUCCUCUGGCUCCGAACCCAACAAUCUAUGUUUCCGUUCGGGCUUGUGGCUAAUUCGACGGUCCAUGUCAUCAUGUACGGUUACUACUUCCUCUGCGCCGUAGGAAUGAGGCCUAAGUGGAAGAGGCUGGUGACGGAUUGUCAGGUCUUGCAGUUUCUUUUAUCCUUUGCAUUUGGCGGUUGGAUGUUCCAGGAGCAUGUUUUCGGGUCGGGCUGCUCUGGUUUUUGGGCUUGUGCUUUCAACGGUGUGUUUAAUGCUUCUCUUUUGGCUCUCUUCUUCAACUUCCGUUCCAAGAAUUAUGCGAAUAAGACAAGACUGGAUACGUGGGCAGAAAUGGUUAAAGAUGUGGGUAAAAAAGCGAUUAGAUCCAAAAAGACUGAUUAAAUCAUUUUGAAUGGUUAAAUAUUGGUCUCUUGAUGUGUUGUUACUCGAAAUUAAUGUUGGGGUAGCUCGAAAUUGUUUUAUUCUGAAUAAGAUGACAAGAUAUAAAAAUGUCACAUAAAUCAUGUAAUGGCUUCAUUGUCUGGUUCUUAGAUUGCAUAUAUCUUAGGUCGGGUCAUCUUUCGAAUCCAUACCCAAACCCUACCGAAAAAUCCGAACUGAAAUCCAAACCAAAGUAGUAAAAUAUUUGAAUAUGUAUUACGUUAGGAGAUAUUGGAUAUCCAAACCCGAACGAAUAUAUCCGAAGAUAACCGAACAUAUGUAUAGCAUAACUCAAAAUCAAAUAAUAUACAUAUAAUUGCAGAAAAAGUAAUAUGCUACUCACUUAAAAUGCAUAUCAAGAUUUUUAUUUCAUGCAUUAACAUAUGUUGCAUCCAAAAUCUCAAAACAAUAACUACAUUAAUGUCUUUGUUUUUCAAAGUUUUAUCUUCAAAUUUAUUAAUAGUCCCACCUAAUAAAAAUUAGAAAAUCAGUUAAGUUAAGAAUAAAAUAUACAGUACAAGAAGGUAGAGCAAUGAAUAAUUUUUUUUUUCAAAAUCUAAAUAUUCAAACCCGACCCAAUAUUUAAAAAAAUCCAAACCGACCCGAUAUGUAAAAAAUACCCGAACAUGUAUUAGAUCCCAAUACCAUAUUGCUGUAUCUGUCUAGCUUCCAUCACACUUUCCCUAUUUAUAGGUUGUAGUCCACAUAGUUUUACAUAACGGGUUCGCCUAAACGAUAAAAUUACCUAUAUAUCAUAUUACAAACUAGCCCUCUAGAAUACACCAAGAAAUGUUGCCAAAGAAAAAUAAAUAAAAAAUAAUACACCAAGAAAAUGGGGAUAUAUAAAAAUAAAUUAAAUUAAACAA